AUGGCGAGUAGUGUCGUAGGUCGAUUUUCGCUUGGCUCCCGCGAAGACAGGCUUGAGAGGCAGGUGAGGCGGGGCAGGGGAGUGAGCCGCGCCGGGGGGGGGGGGGGGGGUCCAGCCCAGCACGUGGCUGGCGGCGUGCACGUUGCGAGCGAGCGUCUCCUCGGGAUCGGUUGUGUUAGCGCCGCCACCAUUGAGUUCGCACAAUUCGAUACCGGCCUCGCGCGCCCGCGAUGCUGGUCAGUGCGCCCGUUGGACCGCCACGGCUACAUCGACAUGGGCACCGACUCCUCGAGGCCCCCAUGGGACCUCGCCGGGUACUGCACUCCAGACUCUUCGGAUCGCCUGUUCCUGUCUCCGCCUGCUCCGCUGCCGCCGAUGCCGUAUCGCGUGCCCUCUUGCUGCCACUACUCAGGUACUCUUCAAAGCCAGGUCCUGGAUGGUGCAGCAGCUCUACCACAGUGCAAACCUUCCGGCUCGGCCUUGAUCUUCAUUAUUAUCUUGGAGCCUUUCUAUUGCUGUGUACAUUGUUUGUUU